AUGCUCAUUGGAAUACUGGAAGGUCAUUGGACGUCCAAAACAUUUCAGCCAUCCAGCCAUUCCAAUGACAUAUUCCAUUGGAAGGGAUCAUAUGGUCACGACUAUGGCCUAUUUCAUAGAGAGAGUGCCGCAGCAUUCACAAAAGGUUGCGUCAGACAAGAGAGCUUGCUUGAAAUAGAG